AUGGCUCGUAAUGCAAUUGACUGCUUAGGUCUUAUGUCAUAUAUCAGAUAUCAAGAUGAUGUUGAAAGAGCUCAGAAAGCAUUUGAAGCUGUUGACAAAGCGUACAAGUCUUUGCUGGAGGUAGAACAGAAGAAACGUGUUUUGGAUGUUAUUCAAGCAGGAAAGGAAUACAUUGACCACAUAGUAAAAGAAAAGAAAAAACAUUUGAAGAAAGAGGGGAAACCAACAGUAGUAGAAGAAGAUGACCCAGUAGUGUUUAAACAAGCUGUUUAUAAGCAAACAAUGAAGUUGUUUGCAGAGUUGGAACUCAAGAGGAAAGAAAGAGAAGCUAAAGAAAUGCAUGAAAGGAAGAGGAAAAGAGAAGAGGAAAUAGAAGCACAGGAAAAGGUAAAAAGAGAAUGGGAAUGGCAGAAAAACUUUGAGGAGAGUCGAGAUAGUAGAGUAGAUAGUUGGCGAACUUUCCAGACAAAAGGUAAAAAAGAGAAGAAAAACAGAACCUUCCUUAAUCCCCCUAAAAUGAAAAUGGAGCAGAGAGAGUGA